UUUACGGGAAAAAUCUUGGAAGUUGUCUCUCUAUCUUCCCCAGAUUUGUUUUUUGUUUUGAAAGCAAAACCACAACUUCUUUGCGUCUCUGCUAACAUUCCUCCCGAUUUUUCUGCUCUUAAAUCAAGGACAAGAAAUCCUCCUACUCCACGCUAUAAACACUUCUCUUCUUGAACUUUUCCAGGUGAUUUUCUUGAUUUGUUUUUGUGAGGCUGAAGAUGAGUGAACACAUGGUGGUAAAUGUGGAUCGACUGAUGCGUCCGGUUCCUUCACCUCCCGUUGAGUCUGAAACACCUGAGCCGUCUUGCAUCAUGGAGGAUAAUGCAGUUGAUAUCUACGAGGGAGAGGAGGAGGAUCCACUGGUUUGGUGGGGGGAGUGUCGUAUUUGUCAGGAGGAAUCUGCUAUUAAGAAUCUUGAGAGCCCAUGUGCUUGCAAUGGAAGCUUAAAGUAUGCUCAUAGAAAAUGUGUUCAACGUUGGUGCAAUGAAAAGGGAAACACUAUAUGUGAGAUCUGUCACCAGCCAUACCAAGCUGGAUAUACCUCUCCACCACCUCCACUCCAAUCUGAAGAAACUACUAUUGACAUUGGUGGAGGAUGGACAAUCUCAGGUUUGGAUUUAGACCAUCCACACCUACUGGCAAUCGCAGAAGCUGAACGUCAGAUUCUAGAGUUGGAGUAUGAUGAUUAUACAGAACCAGAUACUAGUCUAGCUGCAUUUUUCCGCAUAUCUGCUCUAAUUAUGAUGACUCUUCUAUUGCGGUACGCAUUGACUAUACCAGAUUAUGCAGAUGGUGAAGAGGAGGACCCUUCUUCUAUACUUUCACUUUUCUUACUCCGAGCUGCCACUUUUCUUCUUCCUUGCUACAUCAUGGCUUCAGCCAUUAGUAUCUUGCAUCGGCGAAGACAAAGACAGGAAGCAGAGGCUUUGGCCACCCGGUUUGCGUUGGUGCUUAGCUCACGUCAACCUAGUGCCAUGGUUAAUUAUCUAUCGAUGGAGCCUUGAUUUACACCACAAUUCUGGUACUUCAGAAAAAGAUAUGGUUUGAAAGAGUAACUUGCAAUAAGUAAAAAGAACAGAAGAUCCAUUGAAUAAAUCUCCUCUUUCUUUCACUUGUUGCAUUGCAACUGACACUUUUCUGAUGAAAUUACUGAGUCAUGUGUGGUGUAGUCAAGAUGACGUAGCUAUAGAAUCAUCACAAGAUCUACACAAAGGUCCUUUUGAGUCGGCUUUCUCACAAGUUAAAGCGUGCCCAAAAAGUGUCCUAACUUAGUGCAUGGUUCUUUUGCUAAAGUAGAAAGAUUAUGUCAUCUUGUGUAUGUAGAAUUAAAAGUAUCUGAUUCGGUGCACUGUAUAAACUGAAAGAUGUUUAUGUUUCUUUCUCUGUAAUGUAACAUUGAGCUUUACAAUGACAUUACAAGCAUUUAACUUUGA